UACUUUUGUACUGCCCAAGCCCAACAUCAUUUCAUUUCUACUGUGAACAGUAAAACACACGGGAAACAACCUUGUUCGUGUGUGAGGAGACGCCGGAGACGGAAAUCACAAAGAAAAAACCAUUAAAUCCGGCGAAGAGUUUUUUGAAAAGGAAUCAGAAUUGAAGAACAAGACGUACAGAAAACUGUCCCAACAAAAUAACAGAGGUAAUGGAACGUCUACCAGUACUCAUCAAGAGCAAUGGACAAUGGAAUGAAGAUCACAAUUAUGAGAACUAUGUGGCUAGUGGAGAAUUCAUACCAACAAAAUGCAAGUACGAAGAGCUACUGCAAAUACUGGUUACUUCAUUGGGGUGCGAAAACACCAGCACAACACUACAAAUACAGUACCAAGCUAAAGAAGGAAUACCACCGAUCAAAAUAUGCAACGAUCGAAGCCUCUACUUUUACUUGGAAUUGAAAAUGAAGGAAACAGAUUUCACGACAUAUCCACUAUGUGUGAACCAGCAAAACAACAACACAACACGUGCUGCAACACCAAAUUCGAUAUCCACAACAACACCGAAUGAAUAUAAUGUGGCAAUGAUCGAAAACAACACAACAACGCUUGAAAACAACAUAACAACAACAGAAUCAUACACAACGGGACAGCAAACGGAAGAAGGGGAAAAGUCAGAAACAAUAGAAGAUGAGGAGGACAAAUUCGACAUAAUUGACUAUGCAAAUCUGGUUGCUGAAGAAAUGGUAGAACAACUUGAAAACACCAGUAAAACACUGGAUCCAGAAAUUGACAUCAACAAUGCAAAGUUAAUAACAGACAAGCAACACCCCGAAGUGGAAAAAGGACAGGCAUACAAAGACAAAGAAACUCUAAAAAAUGUCCUCAGCUACUACGCAAUCAAAAACAACUUUCAGUACAAAGUGUGGAAGUCCUGCUCUCAAGAAUACAGUCUGAAAUGUGUUUACGAAAGCUGCAAUUGGUCACUAAGAGCAUCGAGAAAUGGGCCAACAAACACAUUCAUAAUCAGGAGGUUCUCAAAUAUGCACACAUGCCCCAUAAAUAUAAGGCAUGAAGACCAAAGGCAAGCAACAUCGAAACUGAUAGGGGAAUGCAUAAAACCGAAGUUCUUGAACAUAAAGACCAAGGCAACAGCGAUGGACAUAAAAGAGGAGUUGAAAUACAGAUUUGGCAUCAAAAUGAACUAUAUGAAAGCUUGGAGAAGUAAGGAACAUGCAGUAAACGACUUGAGAGGUAAUGCUAGUGACUCGUACAACCUAAUACCGAGUUUCUUACACAUGGUGGAAAAAACAAACCCUGGAUCAUUUGUGGAUCUGAAAACGGCAGAAGACAACAGCUUGCUCUUUGUUUUCAUGGCGUUGGAUGCAUCCAUAAAAGGGUGGGGAGCAUGCAGACCGAUAGUUGUUGUGGACGGAACGUUCCUCAAAGCAGCUUAUGGGGGAACUUUGUUGUGCGCAUGCACACAAGAUGCAGCAGGUCAUAUUUUUCCACUAGCGUUUUGUGUUGCAGAUUCUGAGAAUGACCAAUCUUGGAAAUGGUUCUUCAAAAAAUUUAAAGAAGUGUAUGGUGUACGGGAACACCAAUGCCUAAUUUCAGACAGAAAUGAAAGCCUCAUCAAAGCAGCGAGAGAAAUCUAUCCGAAAUUGCACACGAUUCUUUGCGGUUACCACAUUUUGAGCAACCUUAAAACAAGCUUCAAACAACAUGCCGCCAAAUACAAUCCGCCAUUCUUUGGAGCAAGAAAGCCUACACGGAAAAGCAAUUCGAGUUCCACAUGGCUGAAUUGGAUGGAUUGGACAAACGCAUAA